AGGCUGACAAACAGUAGCAGAUAGAAUGAGCCUUACAGUGAUUUUUUUUAAAAAAAAAAAAUAAGUUUUGGGUUUUUGAAGCCCAAACCGAUCCGGAAAACGGAGCUCAAGAAAAGGCCGUCAGUCGAGCCCCGUAUUAUGGGCUCUAGAAUGAGCCAUACAGGCCAUGACAUGAUUCUAAAACCCACGUUUGACGUUUCAUUCUAAAACCCGAGAGCGCAUGAGAACUCUCUGUGAAGCAAAUGUCGCUCCUCCGCCACCGCCUCCGCCUCCUCCUCACACCCGCAUUCUCCCGCCACUUCUCCGCCACAGGCACCGCCACUAAAACCAAAGUCCCCAUUCUGUACAAAAGCCCCGAAAUAAACGAUGAGAACGAGACAAAUUCCAUAACCCUCCAACUCCUCUCGUGGGGUCGUGGCGCCUCGGGGCAACUGGGCGGCGGCAUCGAAGAAAUUCGUAUCUACCCAGCCCCUGUGGCCAAUCUCCUCUUCCCCAGCCUCUCUUCCUUCACUCUCUCCCAGACCCCUGGCCGACUCCCUCUCCGUUCCCCCGAGGUUUCUCCUGCAUUGGAGGUGGGCAUCUCGUGCGGUCUGUUCCACUCGGCGGUGCUUGUAGAUGGUAAGGUGUGUAUGUGGGGCAAAGGCGAUGGGGGCCGUCUCGGUUUUGGGCAUGAAAAUCCUGCUUUUCUGCCGACUUUGAAUCCGUAUCUGGAGGGUUAUGUUAAGUCUCUUGCACUCGGUGGAGUUCAUUCGGUCGCUCUUACUUCGGAAGGGGAUGUCUUUACUUGGGGUUAUGGUGGAUUUGGUGCUCUUGGACAUUCUGUCUAUCAUAGAGAACUAUUCCCUAGAUUGGUGGAAGGAGCUUGGAAUGGUGCAAUGCGUCAUAUUUCUACUAGUGGGACUCAUACUGCUGCUAUCACAGAAACAGGGGAACUUUAUGUAUGGGGUCGAGAUCAAGGGGAUGGUAGAUUGGGCCUUGGUCCUGGUCGUGGUCCAAAUGAGGGCGGUGGUCUUAGUAUCCCCUGUAAAGUAAAAGCACUACCGGUCCCUGUAGCUGCUGUUUCCUGUGGUGGUUUUUUCACAAUGGCACUGACAGAGGAUGGUCAAAUUUGGAAUUGGGGUGCAAACUCUAACUAUGAGCUCGGAAGAGGAGAUAAAGUCGGUGGCUGGGAACCAAAACCCAUUCCUAGCCUUAAAGAUGUUCACAUCAUUCAGAUAGCAAGUGGUGGAUAUCACUCUCUUGCAUUAACGGAUGAAGGUAAAGUACUUUCGUGGGGCCAUGGCAGACAUGGUCAAUUGGGCCAUUCGUCUAUUGACAGUCAGAGAAUACCCGUAAUGAUCGAGUCCUUAGCUGACGAGCGUGUCAUAUAUAUUUCAUGUGGAGGUUCAUCUUCUGCAGCUGUAACUGAUACAGGGAAGUUGUACAUGUGGGGAAACUCCAAAGAUUCUCAACUAGGAGUGCCCGGGCUUCCAGAGGUGCAACCAUCUCCUGUUGAAAUCAAGUUUCUAAUGGAAGAUGAUGGGUUGGGACCCCACAAAGUGCUAUCUGUUGCAGUAGGUGCAUCUCAUGCUAUGUGUUUAGUUUCAAGGUCACCUUGUUAAAGACGAUCUUGGUGUGAGAUGGUUAUUUGAUUUAUAGAAUAAGGUAUACGGGGGCAAAAUUUUUAUGGCAGAACAUGAACAGAGGCUGCGGGACUUUAUAGAACGCAAAGUUUGAGCCAUAUCAAGGUUUGUUUUGCAAAUUUGAAUAGGGCUGCAUCUGCAAUGACAAUCACUUGAUUGGCAACUCAUCUUUGUUAACUUACUGGCUGGUGUGGUGUUUUGCACUCUGCGAUCCGUCAACUACAAUGGUGCAACAUGCUGCUGCUGAUUUCUGCUGAUUUCACUGGUUGAGACAGAUUAACUGCUGUUUCUCAGUCUCGUUCUUUCACUGGCAAGAUUUUCUCAUUUUCCUGUGUAAACGUGCCUCUUUAGCAUUGUUUUCAGAUUAAUUUUUGAGGCAGUUUCCAAUUAACUCUAUAAACAAAAAGUUUAAUCCAGUUGUCUUUAUUUGUUGGAUAGCUUUCA